UUGUAGUUGUUGUUGCUCUUGAACGCAGCUCGUUGCCGUUUAUGAAACACAACAAAGCGCUUCCUGUAGAAGAAGAAGAGCGGCCCGGUGCUGCACACAGGUCACAGGACGGGCAUCCAGAAUGACGAGCCUCCAGCUGAGUGCGAAGGAGGAGAUGGUGGAGAAGCUUCUGGACGCUGCGGCCCGAGGGGACCUGACCCAGGUGUCCUCGCUGCUGUCCCACGUCCCCUCGCUCAUCAACCAGAAGGGAGACAGCGGCUGGACGGCGCUGAUGCUCGCGGCUCGGAACGGACACUACAGCGUGGUGGAGACGCUGCUGUCUCACGGAUGUGACAAGUUCUCAGUGAACAGCUCGUCACAGACCGCCUACGAUAUCUCCAAGUUCUGGGGCCACAAGACCGUCUCCAACCUGCUGGGGCGGACGGACGAAGGCUGCCAGCGCGUCCUGCCGGGCUGCGACCUCCAGCAGCAGGAGAACUACUUCAGCAGAGAGAUGCUGGAGCGGCUGAGCGUGAAGCGGAGCGAGGCGGCGUGGCUGGAGGCCAAACAGAGAGAUCCAGACUCAGUGUACCUCCUGUUCUCCAACCUGAACCCCAUGGUGUGCAGCUCAGACCAGGACCAGAGUGAAGGGGGCGAGUCCAGACUCUGCCGGUUCAGCAUUGAGGCCGUUGAAGACCUCCUCCAGAAACCUCACACUGUGCUCAUCUUUCUCGGAGUGGAGAAGAGGAAGGGGCCGUCGUCCCCCCCCGAGGCGACCCGGGAGCCUCCUGCCUGGUUUGCCAUCAACACAGACGAAGACGCUGCUGAACUUCUCAAACGCAGCAGAGAAAAGAACUGCUGCUUCACAAAGAUGGCGCACAGAGACCUGCUGAAGUUCAGCGAGGAAGAGGCGGGAGUCGUGGCUCAGGCUCGCUCGGUGUUGGCCUGGCACAGCCGCUACAGCUUCUGCCCGACGUGUGGCAGCAGCACCAACAUGGAGGACGGAGGCUACAAGCGGCGCUGCCUGAACUCUGACUGCAGGAGUCUGAAGGGAGUCCACAACACCUGCUACCCACGAGUCGGUACGAAGACCACCAUGAGGGGGA